AUGCGUGAGAAAUUAGAAGGAGAACAACGUGAUUUAGUUAUUCAAAAAUUAAAAUCAAAUGGUUGGCAAUUGGUCGCUAAUCGUGAUGCAAUAAAGAAAAAUUUUGAAUUUGAAAAUUUUAAUCAAGCAUUUGCAUUUAUGACACGUGUCGCAUUAUUGGCCGAAAAACUGGAUCAUCAUCCAGAAUGGGAAAAUGUUUAUAAUAAAGUCAACGUAACAUUAAGUACACAUGAUCUCAAAGGUUUAUCAACAUACGAUGUUCAAAUGGCAUCAUUUAUGGAUGAAGUACAUUCUUUACAUAAAAAAUAG